AUGCGCGGAGGAAUGUCUCGCUGGAAGAAGUUCAAUGAUGACGAUGUUCCUGAUGACUUCGUGUUGCCUCCAGGAGAUGCGGUCCGCGGCCGUUUGCUAUUUAAGAAGCAUUGUGCUCAAUGCCAUGUUAUAGAGAAAGAUCAAUCAGUCAAGACAGGAUGUACACUGCUGGGCCCCAGCCUCUACGGGGUUUACGGACGGACUGCAGGGUCUGGGCCUCGCACUUCUUUGCUUGAUUCUUCUCAUGCAAUUAAGGAAUCAGGAAUUGUAUGGACAGAUAAAACCCUAAUGCGUUACCUUAAAAACCCUCGUCAAUUUACUCAGCACCCUCUUAGUAUGAACUUUAGAGGACUCGAUAGCUGGCAGGACCGAGUAGACUUGAUAUGGUAUAUGAAGGCUGCAUGCGAAGAUAAGACGGAGGGAUUAAAGGAAGGCCUUUCUUCUAUACGCACCAGACUGCAGCAGCAGCAGCAGCAGCCAGAGCAGCAGCAGCAGCAGCAGGAGCAGAACGAGCAGCGCCACCCAGGAGGGGGCACUGCAGUCUCCUCUGGGGGCCCCAUGGGGGGCCCCACAGGGUACCCACAGGGAGGGGGGGGCCCUGAGGGUACAGAUAGAGAAAAGAAAUAA